AUGUCGAGCCUGCUACUCCGCGUUCGCCAGGAGGCAGAGGGAGGCGGGGGAGACGGCGGCGGCGGUGGGAUGACCCUACCUCUCGUACUCGCCAUCGCCAUAGGAGGCGGCGUCCUCCUCUUCAUCUGCCUCGCCUUCGUCCUCAUUGCCCUAGCAGGCCGCCGCCACCGAGCCCGCGCAAGAGCCGGUUUGACAACACCCAGAGCAAGACUCGAUCUCGACUCGGACGGCGGCUCAAUCCACACGCCCAGCCCGCGUCCGCGACGCCUCACGAAGCCGAAGCCGGGCGAGCCGUACGCUGGCAUGGUGGAGGUCCAGGGAAAGCGCCCCCACCGCUCGCUCUCUUCCAUCAUCAGCGUGCCCAGGGGUAAGACUUGGAGCGUGUUCAGCGCGCCGGCGGAGGCUGCUGGGGGGCAGCAGCGUGGGGGCCACUUGAGGAGGAAUAACAGCUGGAUCGACGAGGAUGCAAUCCACGGACCUAGGGUGCAGAGUGACGGCCGGCGGCUGAGUAUCCGCGACAGCUUCAUCCUCCGCACGCCGACUUUGCCGGAUCUGUUUGGACACAAGGGUGAGUCGGAUGGACAUUUCCAGGACGACUUUGCAAAUUACUCCUUCGAGCAGCCUCGGCCGGUCAGCAUGCCGGCACAGCGUGGGCAGCCUUUGCGGAUGCCGUUGCCAAGGACGGCAUCGUACGAGCUGGCUGAGAAAUUGGCCGCCGCGGCAAGGGGCGGAGUGCCUGCGGCCCCGAGCCCACAAGGACCAGGACCUCGGCCAGUGCCGUUACAGCGACUGCGGCACAAGACGACGGAGUCGGACCUGGCCGAUAUUUUGCGUUCAACGGAGCAGAGGCUGCAGAGUGGGACGCCAUCCAACAGCCGGCCGGCCACACGGCAGAGGGCCGCUUCUGCAUCCGCUGGGUCCAGCGUCAAGACCCCGCGCGGGUCGCCAACAAAGUCGUAUUCCCCGAUCAAGGCUCAGUCGCCGAUGAAGCUCCCGUCACCAGUCAAGAGCCAUUCUCCCGUUCGAUCUCGAUCCCCGACAAAGACUCAGGUGUUGACACACGUCGGCCAGGCAUUGGACCUGAACGCCCAGCGGGCUCGCACGCCUAGUCCGUCGAAGCGAAUGGUAGUCCCGGUGCUCGUUCAGACUCCGAACCACCACAAGAGGAAUACUUCACAGUCGUCGGCUGUUUCGGAUGCUGACAGCUUAUUUGGUGAAACAACUCCGGAAGUUGAACACAUCUUGCCAACUGGGCUAUCGAGUCCCAGCAGACGAUCCGAACACGAGUCCCCGAGCAAGUCUGUCGACAACGGCGCGUCGAUAGAGUCUCCCGGGAGCGAUGCCUCGUCAUCUCUGUCGACUCUGUAUAGUGUCAAUGAACCCGAAGAUGACAGCAAAACCGGUGGUACUGGGCACUCUGACAGCACCAUCCGCGGUAGGAAACCGAGGAGUCUCGUCAUCGAUACUCAAAUAUGCGACCCGUUCAUCACACCAAGCCCGCCAGAAGUGCCUCCAAGAAGUCCCAAACGCCAGUCUUCCAGCUUGCCGCCCCUUCGACGCCUUACGCCACCUGAAGAGGAAAUCGUGAUGCGCACUCCUACGAACUCGAAGUCCGUCGCCAAUUCCCCUAUGCCGAGACCGCUGGACGUCGUCAAGCGUAGCAGCACGGCCGACCAGCUCCAGACACGAUACUCCAUCAUGAUGCACCCGUCCGACCUGGCACCAUCGCCCGAGACCAUACGCCCGAAGAGCGUCAUGUCGAUGAAGCCCGUUUUCCUCGUCUCAAGUAACAGUGUUGUUAGCAUGAGAGCCAGUCCGGGCACGUCUCCCGAGGACAACAGUAGCCGGCCUCCAAUGCCGAACAACAGGUUGACUUUCGGUUCCAGGGGGAGCAUCAUUCCACCGCCUUUGAACUUGAAAGCUGGCCCGGGAUCACCAAACCGAGAGGCCCUGAUCACGGGUAGCCCAGACGGACAUAUGUUGGGAUCGCGCGAUAGCCCUUCUUCCCCAGGUCGCGCCGGGCGGCAAUCGAUCGGCGCCUCUGGGUCUCCGGUUCCUGGUUCGCCAACUCGAAGGCCCCUGCCAAGUCCUAACCUUUCAGGUGGAGGAUCUCCCACACCGAGGCGAUACAAGCGCGGCAUGGCCAGUCCUAUUCGUGACCGCGCGUUGUCGAGACAGCCGACACCUAGAGAGUCCCGAGUCGAGGGUGUCUUCUCUAGUUCCGGGUGCCCCGCGAUCGUGCUCAAGCCAUCCAGUUCACCUAAGCGGGACUCAUACCAUCGAGACUUCGCGGUAAUGGGACUUCAGUCUACCGUGGCCCAGCUUCGCCGUAUGAACAGCCAGAUGAGCACAUUCAGCGCUGGUUCGUCCAUCUCGGAUCCUGACAGUCCGACGCUGCCAAAUUUGAGGGGAGGUGGAUUCAGUCCCGACAGGAGCAACAGCCGCGUAAGCAAAAUGGGCCGGCAAAACUACUUGUCCCUUGGCACGAGUCCAACUGCGAAGCGGACCAAGUCCAUCAAAUCGGCCAGGAACUCCAUUGCUGUGCUCAAAAGUCGACCGGGGGGGAACAAGCACCUCGAUACGCUAUAUGCCGCAGUUGAAGAGAAGGAAAACGAGAUGAGAAGCGGUUCUUUGAUCCGAGGACCACGACCACUCAACCCGACGCCCAGGAGUGCCGGAAGAGGAGGGUCUAGAGAUAAAGUGGUGACGGUGGAAAGUCCCACGCGAACAAGAAGCGCCAACGCCAAUGCUGGAGACCAGAAGCAUCUGGAAAGGCCCAUCAAGCACCAAGACAGCGGUACCAGCUUGGGAGCUUACAGCAAAGAGGACUAUCUGCUAAGCUCCCCAGACAGCCUUACUGCGGGAGCUGAGAGACACAGCCCAAAUAUGAGGGUUUAG